CAGCAGUGAAGAAGAAGAAGUCGAUUUGGCGGGGACUCCAAAACGUAAACAGAGGAAGAGAAAAGAUGGAGGAGAGCGGAGCAGCAACACAAGGAGAGGCUGGAAAUAAUACACGUGUGAGAGACUCCGCUGAAAACCAGACCAAUGAAGCGGCGGGAGAAGUCUCCUCUCAGGUGUCAGACCCCGGCGCGGGCCGCAAGCCCGACGAGGAGCCCGGAGCUCGGUACAACAGACUGAAGCUGUUCGACAAAGUUAUGCAGAAGAGCCUGGAGAAGUUGAUCGAACACGCCAGCUUUAACAGAUUCGCCAGCACGUUUCGUCCGCUGUACAAGAAGAACCCUCAGAGGAUGGAGAGCAUUCACAAACAGUUCAUAGAGGAGUUGCAGAAGGCUAUACAGGACGACACCAGCAGAUUGAUUGAAGAAGGACAAUUGGAAGCUAAACUGAAUGAGCUGGACAAACUGGAGCGGGCUGCUAAGAAGAAUCCACAACCUGCAUGGCGUCCCAGUGGAGUUCCUGAGCAGGACGUAUGCAGUUUCAUGAUGCCCUACUAUCAAAAGCAGGAGGCUUACAUGCGACUGGAGCUGAAGAAAAUACAAGCGGAGAACGCUGCACUAGCUCAGAAGGUUCAGGCGGGGAGAGAGAGCAUUGCUCAGACUGAAAACUGCAUCUCAGAGGCUGUCGAUGAGUGGAAGGCAUCAGUCACAGAAUUUGAGAAGCUGGCGUCUUCUCUCUGCCCAGCUGAUGUCUUCGAUGUGUGAGGCUCCAAAUCCUCCAGAAAACCACUAACUUAACUGUACAUAUUGAUUUUGUUUACUGUGUAUGUUUAUCUGAAAAUAAAC